GAGAGGAAUUGCAACCUGCAAGUCAAGACUCCGGGCAAAUUAAACUCCCUCCAGUUGUGUGUUACAAAAAAAGGGCUCCGCCUGGGUGCUGUCACGUUGGCGUUCCGAUAUGUCACCAGCCGUAAUAUCUCAUGGAAGGUGUCCGAAAGAAAGUGAACGCGCCGCCUUGUUCACUGUUUACUCGAUACACAUUACCCGGUGUUGUUAAAUCACACAUGCGCGCCCGACUUCCGACUGAGAAGGACACAAAAGUCGGCUGCUACAAGGUCAGAUAUCAAAGCGAGGUGAAUUAGCCACGGCGUUAACUUACCAAGGUUUACUGUUAGCUAGUUUAAAACUGAAUUAAUGUUAGCUAGUUUUGUAGCGUAACAUUGUGUUAGCUUGUAAACGCGAGUCGCAAAGUUUGAACAAAGUGACUCUCGUUAGUGUUAGCACCUCCAUGGCAGGUGUCGGUCCUAGACAGGUGCUCCGUUGAGUUCGUUCCGUUUCUCUGGACUCCCGUCUACCCGUUCGGCUAGGAUGAAGGGACUCCCCGUGCUGUGUUUGCUGCUCUGGAUGAGUGCCGUGUAUUUGGUGGGCAUCUACCUCUUUGUGGGGGGCUUCCUGCUGGUAAGGCUGGAGGUGAACAGGACCAGCACAUGCGGCGACCUGCUGGAGCCCGCCGGGGACUCGGCGGAUUUCUGCCGCGGUCAGCCGCGAUUCAAAAGGGCUGUUGUCCUGAUAAUCGACGCCCUGAAGAUCGACUUUGCCCGCUUUGACCCCAGCAAAACGGCGCCACGACCGUACGAGAACAAGCUCCCUGUGGUGGAGGAGGUGGUGUCCUCCAGGCCCUCGCAGAGUCGGCUGUACCCCUUCAGAGCUGACCCGCCAACGACCACCAUGCAGAGGAUCAAGGGCUUCACCACCGGAUCCCUGCCGACCUUCGUGGAUGUGGGCAAUAACUUUGCAUCAAGUGCCAUCUUGGAGGACAAUCUCAUCCAUCAACUUGGACAAACAGGCAGACAUGUUGUCUUUAUGGGGGAUGACACCUGGGAGAGUCUUUUCCCCAAGAAGUUCCAUCGCUCCCUGCCUUUCCCGUCUUUCAAUGUGAAGGAUUUGCACACUGUGGAUAACGGGAUCCUGCAGCAUCUCUACACAACUAUGGUGGGCGACGACUGGGACGUCCUGGUCGCUCACUUUCUGGGCGUGGACCACUGUGGCCACAGGUUUGGCCCGGAUCACCCAGCUAUGGCGGACAAGCUCACACAGAUGGACGGAGUCAUCAGGUCGGUGAUUGAGCGUCUGCAGAAUGACACCCUCUUGGUGGUGAUGGGAGACCACGGCAUGACCGACACUGGAGAUCACGGCGGGGAAAGCCUGAAGGAGACGGACGCUGCCCUCUUCCUUUACAGUCCAACUCCUGUGUUUCCGGACCCUCACUCACAGGAUGAACCAGAUGUGGUUCCACAGACAGACUUGGUUCCCACUCUGGCUUUACUGCUGGGGAUUCCUAUUCCAUACAGCAACGUGGGGCAGGCCCUCUUACCGCUAUUUCAUCAAGAGAAGACAGCAGGUGCAGUUGCAGGUCUCAGCCAGCUGGAGGCGCUGUGGAUCAAUGCAAAGCAGGUUAACCGCUUCCUGGAGACGUAUUCGAGCAUGGCCAGAGACAUUCCACCACAAAGACUUUCCCAGCUGAAGGACGAGUUUUCCCGCCUCUCCUCUGCUUACCUCAGCUCGCUCAGGGAGGGCCGCAGCCCGCCUCCACAGCUGGCGUCCUCUCUGCAGGCCUACCUCACAUCUGUCAGGGACACCUGCCGGGCCACCUGGGCCAGAUUCAACCCCGUCAAGAUGGCGGUAGGGUUAGCCAUCCUGGCUUUGGCCUGCCUGAUGUGUUUGGUCCUGUCUGAGCUGUCGCAGGUGCUGAUCAAAGAGAGCGGCGUGGGGCUGAAGGCUCCAACUGCUCUGGCGCUAGCGGUGGGGGUGGUGGUGGGCGCCGCUCAGCUGCUCAUGCAGGGCUACGUGGAGGGGAUUUGGUGCCUGGCAGCUGGCGCCUUCAGUUCGGAGCUCCUCUUCUUCUGGAGGGCCCGGCGACUUAACGCUGUGACGGUUUCGAAGAACGGGACAAAGGCAUCAAAGUUCUCCCGGUGGUUGACCCCGCGUCGCCUCCUCGUUGCUCCUCUCUUGAUACCUCUCCUUCGCUGCGCCUCCCUGCUAUCGGACAGCUACGUGAUCGCCGAGGGCCGGGUCGUGACCUUCCUGGUGUUCUCCCUGGUUCUGUAUAUUCCCAUUCAGCUGAACUGGAACGGUCGGCUUCUGCCUCCGAGCCCCGACCCGCUAAAGUCUGCCGGACUGCUGCCUCCUUCUGCUCUGUCCCCGUCAACGGUCCGGAAGGAAAGCGCCACCCUUCUAGGCUGUGUGGGACUACUCAUCUGCACCCUGUACCUCUCCCUGUCGUUCCAUGGGUGCAGAGAGGAGCAGGGCUCCUGCCAGCCUUCAUCCUUCCUCUACCCCCUCUCCAGAAUGCAGGACAACCAGCUAAAGAACCUGCACUACGUCCUGUCCGUCAUCUCUCUCGGCAUUUUCACCUAUCUGCUGAGGCGCUUCCUGUGCCACUACGGUAACCUGAACUCCUCCGGCGGGACGGUGUUCACCGCCCGCUGGAUCCUCCCGCUGCUGUCCGUGUGCUUGGGGCUCCACUGGGCUGUGAGCGCCACGUCAGAGGACAGCUUUAGGAAUCUGGCCGAGCUGAUCCGCGUGGCGCAGCUGGCCCUCCCCAGGGCCGCCUUUUGCCUCUUAGGGCUGGGGCUGUCCCUCAUCUGGUUGGACCCCAUCACCGUGUUUGUGAAAACCCGAGCCGCCGCCUCCUCCCGAGCGCCCGCUCUGCCUACGCCCCGUUACCGAGCCAGCACCGGCAUCAGCCCCCAGGCCGAGCUGCACCACCUCAUCCCCCAGAUCUACCAGCACAUGCGCCGCUCGCUGGAUGACGGCGAGCUGAGCGGAGCCACCGAGGCGCCCAACAGACCCACGGUGGAGGCGUACGGCCUGGGGACGGUGUACUCUGCCCCUCUGCUGCUGUUCUGCGGCCUGCUGGGAGUGGGACUUCUGCUGCUGCACCCAGAGGGCAUGGCAGCAUCUUUCCUCCUGCUGCUUUUAGAAAUGGCAGCUCUGCUGCACAUCCAUGCCUCCUCCAGCACGCUGUGUGGCCUGCAGGGAACUUACUCUGGUGGGUUUCAUGUGCCCUGGACUCCGGUGGUGUUGUGGUCCCUGGCAGCCACCCAGUUCUUCCACGCCACUGGUCACCUGCCCACUUUCCCCUCCAUCCAGUGGGGUGCUGCCUUUGUGGGAUUCCCCGACGGCCACACAGGCACUCUGUUACCUGCCUCACUAGUUACUCUCAACACUUUUGCCUCACACAUCUUAUUUGCAGUGGGGUGUCCUCUGCUGCUGUUUUGGCCUCUGGUGUGUGAAGUGAGGGGGAGCAGUGGGGGCAGAGCUUGUGGAGAAGAAGUGGGCGACGCUGUGAUGGAGAUGAGGCUCAGAGAAAACCCUCAUCAGUUCAGCUCCUCACUCCUGCAGCUCUCUGCACGCUACCUCUUUAUUCACGGAGCACAGGUCUUUUCCUCAGUCUGCGCUGCAGCUAUCCUCAGGAGGCAUCUAAUGGUCUGGAAGGUUUUUGCACCCAAGUUAAUGUUCGAGGUGUCUGGGUUCUUGAUGAGCAGCAUGUUCCUGCUGAUCGGAGUCAUGUUAGUGCUGAGGGUGGACGGAGCUGUGGCUCGAUGGUUUAAAAACCUCGUUCCAGACGCGUCCAGGUAACCUCUGAGGCGCCGUGCACACGGGGGAAAACGCUGACAUUUCCACUCAAACUGUGCCACAGAACAAGAGACAACACCGAGAGGCUUUUGGAUCAUUCGAUCUGACCAAGAAAAGAGAUUUUUUUAAUAUUUAACGGUGGAUUCAACGUUCUGUGCUUUGCAUGAAUGUGAACGACCAUUUUCUGGACGAUUUUUUCUAACUUAUGAAAGAAGCCUCUGGAGCCAGUCUCUGCUAAGGAACAAAAACACUUCGUCUUGACGCAGAAUGCCAUUGAAACCGACAUAAAUGGAUUUAAACUUCUGAUCUCGUUUACAAACACUUCUCCUGCCCAAAGUCAAGUAAACCUGUUUAAAUAAGAUUUUUUUUUCCAUUUUUUUUUUUUAAAUAAAUGAUGCAAAACACCAGUGGAAUAAAACAAAGUCUGUCACAGAAAAUUACCUUUUCACUAAAGUCCACUUUCGAAUUUAAAAAUGCAUCUUCAAAAUGCAUUACAUCUUUAAGUCUUGUAAAAAGUUUUUAAAUCUAUUUUUUAAACGUUUUUCUUCAUCAGAAUAACCAGCAUGUCUGGUUAAUCUCUUUAUGCUAUUGUACGGUUCAUAAUGUAGAGUAACAACGUCUUCAUGAUCCGUUUUAUAGGAAUUGGAUGUUUUUAUAUCUCUAACUUUUCAAAAAGAAAACCCACUUUUUCCAAAAUAGGUGCCUAACUUUAAUGAAUGCCUUUUUUUUUUCUUCUUUGUGAUCUAAUAAGGUGCUUUCAGGAAGUCUGUCAGAUGAUGUGUAUCUGCAGGACAUGUGAGUGGUUAUCUGGAAAAAAGAUCUGUUACUUCAGCUGCUCAACCUCAUUAGCUAAUGCACACUAUGGAGGGAUGUAAAGCUCAGGUUGCCAUUCCUCAGGCUGCUGUAUGGGAAUGAUCGAGGGCGUGGGGUGAUGUUUGGUUUGGUGUUCUGAUGGAACGGUGGGGCUUUUUUAAUGUUUUGAAAUCACAUGAAAUAAAAUGAACUGUUAAAUUAAUGAUUUUUCAUUCUGUGGAAAUAAAAGUAUUUUUUUUACCUGUC